CUUUCUUCAACGACUAUCGCUAUUAUAAUUCACGGCACCUUUCUCGAUCCACUCACCGAAACUCCUGCAUCAACUGCUAUCAUGAGGAAUACACUGUAAACAAAAAAUGACUCAAGUCAGCGCAUGGAUGACCAGCCAAUUUCAACCACACUACAACAUAUCAGCAACAUAUCUGUCGCAAUACAACGACAUUGCCCUUUGCCAUAUCCUACGCGAUCGCUUUUCAGAAGAAAGUCCGUACGUCGAAAAUGAAGAAAUGACAAAAGCAAUGUCAUCAUCAUCUUGUGUGUUGAUAUUGCCACGGUUUGUUUAUGUGGCAGCAGUACGUAGUUGUGCUUUUUCCCGCAUUGUGGGUGAAAUUGUAUAUGUUGAACGGCACUUCAUCGUCGAGUCCAGCCAAGUUCACCAAAAAUCAUUUGGCUGUGCAGUUGUUGAGAUAUGUUCGUCCCAUCCACGGCUGGACCGUGCGUGGGUUUAUCGCCAACAAGGUUUCGCGUUUAACGGGGACCAUACGUGCUCAUCCUCUCCAUUCCGAUCAUGUACCUUUGAAAACAAGUAUAUCUCGGUGACAAUCAACUCCUCCAACAACAAUCAGACAGAAAUCAAAAAAAUUACACAUAGUAAAAAAAAAAAGAGGAAUGUAUUCCACAAAGACAAGUGUGCGCAAUAGUAAAGAUGUUGCUUUUUGUUAAGGAGGGGAUCACAAUAUUUAAAAAUACUUUUUUGUUUUUUAUUUUUUUUCAAGUAGCAGUAGUAGUAGUUGUCGAUGCUGCUGGAGCUGUUUUCUUUACGCCCGAAGAGCACGUCUAUCUUCCUUGGUUUGAGCCUUGAAACCAGUCUUGAUAGCAGAGACGGAUCGUGUAGAACCGCAAGACUCGCACUGCACAAAGUACAAUCGGUUGUCCUUGCUCAAAAUUGUAUCAGGGGAUUUACAAGUUUUGCAAGUAACGUA